AUGGUUAAGGUAAGGGUUAAGUUUAGGUUAGGGUAAGGGUAGAGGUUAAGGUUAUGGUUAGGAUUUAGGGUAGGGAUGUCCCAAGGAUUUCGGAUAGCACUAACCAGGAAAUCAAUGCUAGCUCAAUGCUGAAUGUUGGAAAAAGAUCUUGGUUCUUUUCUAAACAUAGCAAUGUGAAUGCAAAGAGGACUCAGACCACAAAAUAGGUGAAGUGAACUGGCAAAAGAGUUGAGUCCUCAUUCAAAGGCAAGGUGAAGACAAAGUGAACUUAGUUAUUUUGCUUCUCCUUUUUUUUUUUUUUGUUACCACGGUUCACUUUAAAGAGGACUGAGAUCGGUUAUUUUAAACAGGACUAUAUGUGAACCCAACCCCACCCCCUCCAGAUAGCAGGGCUGAUCCUUUGUGCCUGGGACGGACUCACUAUGUCUGGGUGGUUUGAUUCUGGAUGGGAGAUUAGGGACUGUAGGGGCCACUCGCACUGCAUUGGGGCCAUUGGUUCAGAGUAGAGCCUUAUACACUGACCUUCUUAUGAAUCAAUACUCUCCUGGAUGAUUCAUUUAAUGAAUUGCUUCUUCAAAAACAACUGAUUUUGAUCACUAGGGCUUCUUAAACAGUAAGUGGAGUGGACAUGUGUAGAGACUCUAGCCCAGAGUGGGAGUGAAUGUAUGACUACACAAACACGCAAAUGUGCAUUCAAUCUAUGUGUUGCACUCCCUCGUCUCUUUUUGAGGAUGAAUUAUGUUGAAUGGGAACUCUCCGGAGAGUAAUAUUGUGUUGGGAAAGCCUGAUGGCAUUAUUGAUGACUGGGUGACUGACAGUGACGCAUAGUUUGUCAUGAUCACACAACAGAUCUGUGGUCCUGCCAGGACCCGUCAUCCAUCUUGUGACUGACAUCCACUGUGAUACAACUCUGAGCAAUACGAGCUUGUCCCAAUUUUAAAAACAUGCCAAUUUUCUCCUUUCUAAAGCGCUUGCCAAGUUGCCAUAUGACUGCCAUUAUAGUUUAACCCAGGGUAGUAACAUCUUUUUUUCAGGUUUUCCUUUCUCCCUGGUGAUUACUUGAUUGAUCAAUGUCAUUGAUUGACCAGAGUCCACAUGCCUGUUGUGCGAGGCGGUAGAGAAAUUAGGGGCUCUAUUCAAUCUGUGAAGAUUAGAUUCCGCGAUAGAAUAGCAAAGGUUAUUUCCCAUUGAGAUAACAUGCAGGGUUUACCAUGAAUGCAGUCUCCGCUAAAGCAGGAACAUUGCCUUUAAAUUUCAAUCAUCACGCUGUAAAGCUGAACUUCCAUGAUGCGGAUUGAAUAGAGCCCUAAGGGUAGCUGAUCCUAUGCCACCCCAGGUUGAAUUAAACAAGAUCAUGGGAGCUCUGCUCAACAUACAGGUUCUUAAAGUGGCAAAAUAAAGAAGUCAACAGGUUACAAGUUUUAUUUUCUCCUUCUCCAGCAUUAAUCAAAACCUCAGACUUCUGUGUUAAGCCUAGUCAAGGGAGAAGGAUCACACAGGAGAGACCAACAUUAAAUAUACACACAUAACAGGUUCUGGUGCAGGGUCAAGGGAAGCACUACCUAAACAUUCAUUCAACUUCAAAUCAAAUGUAUUCUCUCAACUUAGUCAGUCAGUCAACCACUAACAACCAGCCUCAUGGAAACUUCCCUCUUACCUGCACCUUCCCCCUCAAACAACAAAGAGAUCAUAUUUAAAGAAACAGUCAGCCAAUUAAAUUACAGGAUCAAUCAUUCAAUUAGGCAGAAGCGCGCAUGAUAAGCAAUGUUGGCUCAUUAUCACACCUGUGACAGUUGUCCCAGGUCUAAAUUAGUUCCUGAUUAAACAAGAAGAGUGAGAAACCAGCAUAACCUCCAACCAAGGCUCAGAUUUGAAUACCCCUGGUUUAGCUUAUUGGGGUUUCUUCCUCUGUAGACUGAAUGCAUAGAUGGUUCCCAGGCAGAAAGCAGUUGGAAGCUAAUUAGGAGACAACAGAGAGAGCAGGAAGAACAGUGCUUUAGUACAGUAGUAUAGCAGCUGUCGUCUCAACAGAUAACUCCAUCUCCCUAUAUUAUAGAAAACUACAAUAGAGACGACAUCGCAAAAUGGGGUGCAAUACACACAGGCACACGUGUUUGUGAGGACACACACACACAUGCAUAUAUACACACACACACACACACACACACACACACACACACACACACACACACACACACACACAUACACACACACAUAUAUACACAUACACACAUGCAUAUAUACACACACACACACACACACACACACACACACACAUACACACACACAUAUAUACACAUACACACAUGCAUAUAUACACACACACACACACACACACACAUACACACACACAUAUAUACACAUACACACAUGCAUAUAUACACACACACACACGCAUGCAUGUAUACACACACACGCUGGCACGCACAAAUGCAAACACACACACACACACCUGCAGACAAUGCCACAUCAGAGUGUCCUGGGGAGAAUUGCAUGAAAGAACAACAGCUUCGUGUUUUAUGACAUAGGUGGUGGAGGUAAUGACUAAAUCAGAGACAACAAAAUAUGGAGAGGCGAGAGAAAAAGAGAGCAUGACAUGGCAUAGUGUAGACUAGAGGAGAGAGAGAGAGAGACUACAGGACAAAAGGGUCCCAGGAGCCCCAUGUAGAUUUUGUUCUGUGCACCUUAGAACAGCCAAUUCAUUAGUGGAUGAGAGACAGGGGUGCCUCCGCCUGGACAUUACAUAACCUCUGUAAAACACACACACACACACAGACCAUCUGAACCUGUUGAUGCCCACUGCUAGGAGAGGGCAAUAGUCUGGUGAAAGAUUGACUAAUAAAUGGUAAUCAUAUCUUCUAUUACAAAGUCUCUGCAGAGGGAACAUCCUCCAACAAAUGUAAUUAUUAAUUGGCCCAUAUAUUAUUAAAACUGCAUAGUAAAAUUAUAAUUAAUAUUUAAUCUUACGUUUAAUAAAUGGUACUUUGUAUCUAUGGCUUAAAGCUAUUAAUUAUUUACAAUGAUGAUUAUAAUAGCUUUUGAAAAUACUGUGGUAAUUUGGUAAGCAUUGAGAGGUGUAUGUCUUGAAUCAGAUGCUUUAUAAGGAUCGUUCAACCCUUGAGUGUGUGUAAGUGUGUGUACGCUGAGCAAGUGUUUGUGUUUGAGUCGUGGCUUCCCCUCCUGUUCUUAAGAAAUUAUACUUCAUAUCUCAGUGCCUCUCAUUUGCUAAAAAGCAAGAGAUGAGAAGGACUCUUAAAACCUCCCUCAUCAGUGUCCGCCCUCCUCCUUCAGCCAAGGCUCAUCCUGUCUUCUCCUCUCUCUUUCUCGCUCUCUCCUCAGGAACACUUCACCCCGGAGUGUAAGUUCAAAGAGUCAGUGUUUGAGAACUACUACGUGACCUACUCCUCCAUGAUCUACAGACAGCAGCAGUCUGGUAGGGGCUGGUACCUCGGUCUGAAUAAAGAGGGGGAGAUAAUGAAGGGAAACCAUGUGAAGAAAAACAAGCCAGCAGGCCACUUCCUCCCCAAGCCUUUGAAAGGUGAGUCUGUCCAUCUUUCUUCCUAUACGGUGCUCGGCUCUAUAUUGGAGACAAUGGAGAAAAAUAAGGGACAUUUUUCUUAGGAAACUUUUUUAAGUUUCAUGAUUAUUCUCCCAAGGCCAUUACAUUGCAAUUGAAAGUUUAUUGGUGAUUCACUAUGGCCUGGAGCACUGAGCUUUGGCAGCGGUAAUUUGUAUAAACAGGAGACUUUCCCCCCAAAAAACACAAGGCUUCUCUUUGAUUAAAUGUCCCUGUUCCCUUUACCUGUUCUCCCUCUCUUUCCUUCCCUCAAUGUGAGUAGUCUCUCCCUAUGGCCUGGAGAAAGGCUGCUCUCAGCUCCCCUGCUGAUGGGUUUUCUGCUCGGAGACGAUGGUGUGUGGACAGGGCUAUUGAGCACUUCCCAAAAGCGAUUCAUACUUCACUGGAGCCAGACAGUGGAAAAGGCAGAGGCAGUGUCCUUGGUGAAAAGCUGCGAGAAUUAUAACGUUCUGCCUGUUUUGAAUAGUGACAGCUAAGCUUUUUAACGCCAAUUUCAUGACAAAAAGGAGCGAGCUACCUCCACCCAACCAGGCCAGGUGCCUCAUGGGAGGAGAGGGAAAGAGGGGGUAUGAUUGGGUGUUGGAUAGAUGGAUCUGUUCAUGUUAAAAAGGCCACAGCGCUUUCAUCUAGAUCAAGACACAGGCUUACCUGAACGAGAAAAAAGAGCGAGAAAGCGUCUGUACUCCACUUCCACAAGAUGAAAGGAUGAGCUUUCAGAUGAAAAUACCUCCUCAAAGAAAGCGACGCAAAUUACUCAACCAACGAGAGAUGAGCACCAAGCGGCUAGCAAUGUAUUUUAAAAAAUCUGAUCAGACGUUCAGUCGUUCUGUCAUUUGGAUCUGUCAGUUCCAAGCUUCUUUUGUGGUUACAAUUUACAGACUAAAGAGAGAGUGGCACAAAUACAUUGCUAUCCCAUUUAUGUAUGUUCUGAAAAUAAUGGUUAAAAGAUUACAAGAAGUUGUAGUCCCUUAAUGAGGGUAGGAGGGCAUUGGAGAGGGAUGCACUGGGUCCCUUUCAACCCCUUUUUCACAAGAGCAGAAAGGCACAGCAAACAGGCAGCUGUGAUGAUGAUGACGCUUUCACUCCCAGGUUGGCUGGUCUGCUCUCAUCCACCGACCAAUCGACCAGUAGCUCAUUCAAAAUCCACGUCUCUGCUCAUGUCGAGAAACCACAAAUGGCAAAAUAAUGUUAUCAUAAUAAAGGAAAUAGGGGUGCUCACUUUCAUCUCCAGAAAAUGUUAAACAUUUCUACAAAUCAUGCCAAAAAGGCACAAUCCUUUUAUUAAUUUCUCUCAGAACCCAAACGCCAGAUCUAGUGCUUAGAUAGGGGAUGCAGAGAGAGAGAAGAGGGGGAGAGAGAGAGAAAAAAGCAUUUGUUUCAGCCGCCCAUAAAGAUCCAGAGGCAGCAGCAAUACCAGCCGACCAAUUAAGGAGCCGUCUCUGCAUUGCAACCGUCUCCACCAGCCGCUCCUCGCUCCCCCUCUCCUCUUCGCUCUGGUUCCAGUCCACGAGUCUCAGCCCACGUCCUUUAAUUUUAUCCAUCCGUGUGUGUUAAGGUGCUAGGUCAAACAGGGAGAGAUCCAGUAGAGAGAGAGAGAUGGAGGGUUGAUUGGAGGAGAGGAUAAGCGUAUAUGGAGAUGGACCCUGACCUCCAGGUCAUCCUUCCAGAAUUAUAGUUGCUUAAUGCCGUGGAUAAUAAGCCCAGUAUCGAUCCCACACAGCUUCCCACUGAAGUCCACUAUUGAUUGACUUGUUUGCACAGUGAUGCUUUGUGUGUAGCCUGCUGUUAUCACCAGAAAAGCAAGGCAAUGUCUUUGGAGAGUUAGGUUUGCCGCUUGGGUCCGCUUGGGUCCAAGUCCCAGGAGGACCACACAUCAAAACACCCUGGCCGUUUUAGGAGUGGCUUCUAAAGACUAAAGAGAUCAGAACCUCUAACGUGACUGGUGUUUCUUCUGAAAAGUUUCAGAGAUGCAGACGUCGCUGCUUUCACUUUAACAAGCUCCUGAAUAACUCAUGUAAGGCAGUGUCUAUAAGUACUUUCUGCCCUCCAAAAAUACCUUGUCCUGAAUUUUUUUUGCAUAUGGCAGGGGUGUACAUUCUGUUAUGAGCUACAGUGACAGGAUCAGAGGGAGUUGAGCAAUAUAAGAAAAUAGAAUAGAAUAGAACUUGGUCCAACGAAAGAGGAAAACGUGCAUCUCCAGAUGGACAAUACAAUUAUAUUCUAGUGUAUUCUUUUGUAUUCUAUUCUAGUGCUCAGCUCCGCUCCAUCUACACUAGCAGUAAUGUGUCUGACCAUUCUCCCGUCUGUCUGUCUGUCCCACAGUGGCCAUGUACAGGGAACCCUCCCUCCACGACCUGACAGAGUUCUCGCGCUCUGGCAGCGGCACGCCCACCAAGUCCCGGAGCGCCUCGGCCGUGCUCAACGGAGGCAAGACGGUGAGCCAGAACGAAUCCACGUAG